AUGAAAUCCCUCACCCUCUCCCUCGCAACCACCAUCCUCCUCUCCACCACCCCCCUCGCCGCCGCAAAGACCUACACCACCAACAUCCCCGUCAAGGAGAUCUCCGGCGCGUGGACCAUCACCGGAAACGCGAUCACCUGGACCGAGGACGGAUUCAAGACCUCGAUCGACUGCGACGACCAAGCCGGCAACAAGAAGCUCAGCCUCAGCGGCGACAAGAAGUUCGCCGGCUGCUGUCUGGCCGGGCAGAGACUCCUCGGGUCCCCCGCCACAGCGUUCGAUUGCUGCGCCGAGAACCAUGAUCUGGUCGGCUCGAAGGAGGCUGGUUACAGAUGUUGUCCUGAGGGUGAGACCUAUGACGGCACCACCUGUAAGGCUGCGGAGCCGGUGUGUCAGAACGGCAAGGUGUUGAAGGAUGGGAAGUGUGUUUGUGGAAAGGGGACGAAGGAGGAUGAGAAUGGGGUUUGUAAGGCUGUGAAGUGUGAUUCCGGGUUGAAGACUGGAAAAUGCUACACCUUCACCGGCGAAAACGGGCACCGCCUCGGCUUCGGCGGCAGCUGGUUCAUCACCUCGCCCGAGAGCAUGUCGUUGAAAUCCGGCCGGUUCAAGCUCUGCAAAGACGAGGCGUGCGCGGCCGGCGAAGCCAUCAGCCCGGCGGACCAGAUCUUCAUCAAAGACAUCCACGGCAACCCGGGCAACGGGCUGCUGCCGAACCGGUGGCUGAACGCGGCGAUGAACGGCAACCACGUCGGCAAGACAGACCAGUUCGCGCAGGCGGGCAAGUUCGCGCUCACCAAGUGGCCGUGCGGGAAGUACUGUCUCGGCGGGUUCGAGUACGGCUUGGGACCGGCGUGUCCGUCGGCCACGCCCGCGUUGACGUUCUUUCAGAAUGAUAAGCAGGCGUGUGUCCCGUUUGAGCUGACGGAGGUGCCGUGUGAUGUGAAGGCGGAGGAGAAUAACUGUAUCUGGAAGACGAGUGCGGAUCAGUGCUGUGGGGGUGUGGUGGAUUGCAAGGGGCGUUGA